CGCGCCUGUCUGCCGGCUGCUUUCUAGACGCACUCCGUUCACUGCGAACGCUUUUAUAGAUAAAGUAUUUUGUGUUGACUAGUUACUCUUUAAAUCAUUUUUAAAAUAUGUUGCCUCAAAAAGGGAAGGAAUAUGAAAUAGGUAGUGUGCGUUUCGUACAGGUACUCUGAUAUUCGGAAUUAUUUUUGUGAGUUUUCAAAGUUGGAUAUCAUGAUAACAACCAUGACGUCAUUCAUAUUGUUAAAGACAAACUCUUUUUUAUUGAGGAUGAAUAGAGAGGAUAAUGUAAACUGGUUUCAUGGAAAGAUAUCUCGGGAAACUGCGGAAAAACUUCUAAAAGAAGAGGGUGAGGAUGGUGUGUUCUUAGUUCGCGAAAGUAAUACUUCUCUUGGAGAUUAUGUGCUGUCUGUUCUACAUCAGGGAGAGGUGGUGCAUUAUCAAAUAAGGAGACACGGUGAAGAUGCAUUCUUCUCUAUAGAGGAACAUACAACUGUUCAUGGCUUGGACACUUUGAUCCAGCAUUACCGAGGAGAUUCCAAUGGCCUUGUUACUCGGCUGUCAGUGGUGUGCAAAGGCGAGCCUCCACCACAUGAAUCUAGAACACAAGGGACAACUAAUCUACUGCAUAGGGCAACAGAAGCGGGUGAAUACAAUAUAGUGUCACAAAUGCUUGCUUGCGGCUACAGAAGCCGGGACGCAAAGAACCAGGAUGGGCAGACCGCCGUUCACAUAGCUGCGAGGGCUGGUCGGGACAAAAUCCUCGCCAAGCUGAUAGAGAGUGGCGCCACUGUCAACGUACGGGAUUCCUUUGGAUACACGCCGCUACAUUACACCUGCCAAAAUAACUUUCCCAGUACAACGGAGCUUCUGAUAACGAAGGGCAAUGCCAACUACCAAAUGCGCCACGCGCCGUCCGGGAAAGUGGCACUCCACGAAGCCGCACAAAGAGGCCAUAUAGAUUGUAUAAAGGUACUGUUAAAACUGAAAGCGCCAGCUCAUCCCAGGACAUUAGCUUACGACACGCCCGCUCAUCUAGCCAAGCACGCUGGACACACGGAAUGUUACCAAUUACUCAAGAACCACAUACCUGAACAGCCCAACACCACAAAGAGCCAAUGGUACCACGGAACACUGAACCGCGAGGAGGCGAUCCGUACCCUGGAGGAGUAUUGCAAACAGCACAAUAUACGGGACAAGGCUUCCGACGGGGUCUUCCUACUGCGCUACAGUCAGAGAAACACUGGCGCUUUUGUCCUUACGAUGCUGAGUGAAAAUACCCCAUACAACUUCAUCAUUCGGAAAGAGAAGGACUGGUUGUUCAUAGACGACGGUCCUUAUUUGGACACUCUGGAAAUCCUAAUAGAUCAUUACAGUAGUGUACCCGACGGACUCCCAACCAAACUCACCACGCCUGUGCCGCCCAAGCCUAAACCACCGCUACCUGAGUUUUCUACAAUGCCACGCACCAAGAAGUCAUCACCAAGCCGAGCAACCAUGAAUCAACCACUAUCACUUGUCAAACAUGAUAUAUUAAACGACAACCAAACCGUUAACAACAAUGACUUCGAACUGCUCACAAGAAAUCUGUCAUUCUCCUCCGAUUUCAACAACGACAGCAUAAACAACAACGAUGUAGCUCUAAGCGAUUGUGAUACAUACAAAGUGCCAGUUAACAACAGUGCUGUUGUUACGUUGGUGGAGAAUUAUAAUGAAAUAUCAAUUAAUUCGGAAGGCCAGCUAUCCACUUUGCAAGAGGCUAUUCCUUUCAAUGAGCUCACACUAGGAACUGUGCUAGGGGAGGGUGAAUUCGGUUCAGUUCUUCGAGCAGUUUACUCACCACCGGACAAGGUUCCUAUACAAGUGGCAGUAAAGACAUUACACGUACAACACACUGACACCAACAAGCGAGAGUUCCUGUCCGAGGCCAAGCUUAUGAUGUCACUGCAUCAUCGGUGCAUAGUGCGACUUAUCGGAGUUUCCUUGGGUCCUCCGCUCGCAAUGGUACAAGAAUUAGUUCCUUUAGGUUCACUACUAAAUUACCUGCUGCGAUAUCCGGAGAAAGCGUCUCCGGGUUACGAGUUGCGUUUAUGGGCGUGGCAAGUAGCGUCCGGGAUGCGGUACCUGGAGAGGCGUCGCUUUGUGCAUCGUGAUCUCGCCGCAAGGAAUAUACUGCUUGCAUCAAGACAUCAAGCCAAAAUCAGUGACUUCGGAUUGUCGCGCGCUCUAUCCACUGACAGUUCGUACUACAAAGCUAGCCACGGCGGCAAGUGGCCCAUCAAAUGGUACGCGCCUGAAUCAUACAACUAUGGAACAUUUAGCCACAAGAGCGACGUUUGGAGCUACGGUGUCACAUUGUGGGAAAUGUUCUCCUAUGGGAAGCAACCGUAUGGCGAGAUGAGAGGAAUCGAGGCCAUACAAGUAGUCGAAAGCGGUCAACGCCUCGAAAGGCCCGAGAACUGUCCCGACGAGAUCUACCAAGUGAUGCUGGACUGUUGGGCUUACAGUCCCGACCUGAGGCCCACCUUCGGGAAACUGGACGACGUGUUCGCCCACCAUCCCGAUUACAUCAACAUAAGCCAACUAGCUGCGGACAGUGAUGAUAUCAGUGUAUAGAAUCACUUAACCUAAAAAGUACAACUAUCUAAUUAAUUUAAUACCAGUAAUCUAUGACGGGUACACAUGUUAAACCGGGUCCAUAUAUGUCAUACGCAUGACAAAAACCGAUUCAACUUGAUAAAGCAUCGCGUAUCAUAAUACUAAUACGAUGAUCGCAUGUGACUGUUCGACGAUACAGUCUAAGAUGUGUUAAGUUGGAAGAGUACAAUUAAACUCCUGUUAGUAAGAGUAUAAGGUCAUAAAUCACUUUCAACGUCCAGUACAACGCCAGUUUCUGUGGGUAUUUUUAUUUUUAAGUAUUUAUGUUCACAGAAAAUUCUCGAUUUUUAUACAAUUAAAAACACAGUGCAAAAAUAGUUUGCUAUUAUUUGCAGAACUAGAGAAAUAUGUGGGAUGUUCUCUUGCGACAUGAUAUUUACGAAUUAUGUUAAAUUCAAUGUUUAUCAUGGAUUUUCGCAAAUUAACAUCUUCCAUCCACUAUUGCGACGCAUGGCGUCUGUUUGGAUGUAUGCCCGACUUAAAUGGUACUACAUAUUAUGAUAUGAAAAAAUAAUGGUAUGACAAAAUCGUUAGUUAAAAUUACAAAUUUUCUGAGCAUUUAUGUCAAUAUUAAAAUUAAUAAUCGCUUAACAGGGUGAGAUAAACAUUUUAUGGCAACCGAAACUGUUGGGGUACGUACUAUAUAUGUAAUUAUUUAUUAUUGGUUAAAGGCUGCAUAUAAGAAACAAAAUUAUAUUUAUAUUAAGAAAAUGGGUUAUAUAAAGUUGAGACAAUUUUAGAAAAAUAUAUUAUGUUCAAUCUUUAUGUUGUAUUUAAAAGAGAAGUUCAC